AUGGUGCAGAGCUGGAACAAGUUCUGCUUCCAAGGAGGGAUGAUCGAGGUGCGCGCCCAGUUACCGGGCGCCGUCACCAACGCGUCCGGCAAUCCCGACGUCAAAACCGGGUCGGGUAGUGUACGCGCGUCCAACAUCGACUACUACCCAACGUGGCCCGGUAUCUGGAUGAUGGGCAACCUUGGUCGAGCCAUCUUCAGCGCGUCGACGGCGCGUAUGUGGCCCUUCUCGUACAAUGAAUGCAACGCGAUCAUUUUCGACUCUGAUAACCAGCGCAUCUUCGCGUGUGACGAUGAUCCAGGGCAUGGGUUGAACGCGAAUCAAGGUCGCGGGGCCCCGGAGAUCGAUAUUCUGGAAGGUGGCGGUACUGCCAUUUCAUCGUCCGUUCAGGUUGGACCGGGAAUGCCGGAGAAUUUCCGACUCAUCGCGGACGCCGAGUCGUCCUACUGCUUCUACACCUACGACUGCACCACUGAAGGCGCCAACAACAUUGACGUCCCGACGGCGUACUAUGAGAAUCUCCGUGGCCAUAAAUCGUGGUAUCAGGGGCUUCGGUACGGCGCUAACAACUUCUGCGACGAGGAUUCGACACUCGUACAGUCGUACAAGACGGUUGCUGCGUCGAUGGAUAAAGGAGUUACGGAUAACGCGUGCACCAUGAAGUUGUGUCCUGCGUCGUACGACGUCAAUGCCGACAUCAGCAACCUCGACAAUGGCACGGACCACUGGGGGAUCAACACGAACGGCACCUGUUUCCCCAAGAUGAACUCGUACAGCGGUGCGUUCCUGUGCAGUGCCGGUAACAACGACACCAGCUGUACCGCUUCAAGCGGAUCGACAGAUGCGUCCUCGGAGUUCGCGUAUCAGAUGGACGCUAUAUCGUCAAACUGGGAGAUUCAGGUCUCAGCUUACACCGACUGGCUCACGUACCAGCUCGAAUGGGUCAUGGGAGAUGAAGGCUAUAUCCGAUGGAUGCUUGCAGGAGAGCCGCUCUUCGAGAUCACCGCCGACGUGUUGACCAACCCUCCACAGGACGCGGCCCAGAUGAACCCAAAGAAGAUCAUGCUGGAAGAACCCAUGUAUGUUAUCUUCAACGUUGCGCUGUCGAGUACAUGGGGCUCAAAGCCUCCCAACGCUGGCGACGGUGGCUGUUACGGUAACGGUAGUGAUGCCACCACGAAUGCCAUUUGUGACGCCUUCCCGAUGUACUUGAAGGUCGACUACGUCCGCGUUUAUCAGGACAAGUCCAGCGACUCCAGCAUGGCCGUCGGCUGCGACCCUUCCACGCACCCCACCCGACAGUGGAUUGAAGACAACAUCGACUCGUACGUAGACGACGACAAUCCAUGGGCAGCUGUAUCGGGUAAAGCGUUCUGCGACUCCAACGACGACUGUACCAUUGAUACCAAUUCUUCUUCUUCCAUCACCAUCGGCACUUGUGUGAGCGGUCGAUGCAAGUGCUCGGUCUCCAGUUGGACCGGUUCCCGCUGCACCGUUGCAUCGUCAGCAAGUAGUGACAGCAGUAGUGACGCCCUGUUCUCCUCGAAUUCGUACGGCCCUCCAAUGUACGUGUCCAUCGUGUUCAUGGGCGUCACAGUCCUCACCACGCUGGUUUCCGUGUACCUGUCCUACCUGGCCGCUCGCAAGAGCGACGAACUCCUCCUGAAGGAGAUCAUGGCGAAGAAAGGACCGCAGUCUUCUGCAUCUCUGGGUGAGUCUAUGGUGAAAGCACCGAAAGAAAACUACAGCACCAAUUUUGUGUAG